ACGUGACACGACGUCAAGUGGCAAUGGCGGCGGACGAGGGCUGUGCCCCCGGCCCGCCCCGUUAGGAGCCGCGAGUAAGGCGAGUGUCCAACGCCGAGCUGGCUGACAGAGCCCGGCCGCGGCCUCCGCGGGCCCAGGGGCCUCCAGGCCCCGGGACCACCGGACCGAGCACCCUGGAACGGCCCCAGCUUGGCCUCGGGACAGUCCGCGCGCUCACCGACUCCCUGGUGAACGCCGCUUGGCCGCCGCCGCCGCCGCAGGACCCACGAGAAGCGGAAACCGGCGCAAGGACCCGGUCCCCGCGGCGCCGUACCUGGAGUGAGGCUGCGCUCCGCCCCGCGCGCUCCGAUUGGCUCUGGGGCCUGGCCCGCCCCUUCCCAACACUGUCAUUGGCCUAGGCAAAGCCGUAAGGGUGGGGAAUCCUAUUGGCCCAGGGGUGCGGCUUGUCCUCUCCCGGUGCUCUCAUUGGCCGAGCGCGGCCGUUGGGGGUGAGGCCGCGUCGGGGGAGGACAACAAAGGGCCGCGGGCGGCGGGCAGUGGUGUCCCAGUCUCCCGGUGCUUCCCUCAGGCUGAGGCGCCCGGCCUCCCGCCCGCCGCGCUCCAGAUGAAGUGUGAGCACUGCACGCGCAAGGUGAGCGCCGCGGGCCGGGGAGGCGCGCGCCUGGUGCCUGUCCUGUGGGGCUCUGGGCGGCCGAGGUUGGCGGUCCGGGCCCGCCGCUCGCUUGCUUCAGGGCUCUUCAAGGCGCCCCCGGCCUCGGCACCCUGGGCCCGCUCGGCGUGGAGGCGGCCGGCACGGGGUCCGCUGCGCUCUGCAGGGCGGGUUCGGUCUUCGCGGUUCUCCCUGAACUUGUCCAUCUUUCCCACGCCCGCGAAGCGCGGAAACGAACGGAGACCGAGCCUCUCGUGCCGCGCACCACAGUCCGAGUAAACAGCGGUCGUGGCGGGAAUGAUCAGAAGCGUUUCGAGGGGGUUUUAGGCGUUUUCGGACCUGCCCCUCUGAGGGUCACCGAGCAGCCGGUGCAGGGGCGGAAGCGGGUGACGGCUGCUGACCGGCGCCUUCCGCGCUUGUCUCCAGGCCAUGGCAACAACCGCGCAGCGCAUGCAGGGGGGUUUUGUAGCUCUUAUUGCCGGAAUGGGCUCCUGUGGAUGCUGCUCUGUGGCUGGCACUUCUGCGCGUGACGCCGUGGCAGGAGGCUUCCUAACAUUCCAUGGGUCGUUCAUCCCCGGUGGUGGCUGCGUCCUAUUCUAAGUACACCUGUGUCCAGGGGAAUUCGCCUGUGGGGGGAAGGCUACAGUUGCUUCUGCUUUUUCAUUAUUGCAAACAAUGGAGAUGUGUGUGUGUCCUUAAGUACCUGUUUCACUAGAAGGGUUAGAAGGAUAGAAGGCCAGGCACGGUGGCUCAAGCCUGUUAUCCCAGCACCUUGGGAGGGGAGGCCGAGGCGGGUGGAUCACCUGAGGUCAGCAGUUCAAGACCAUCGUGGCCAACAUGGCGAAACCCCGUCUCUACUAAAAAUAUAAAAUUAGCUGGGCGUGGUGGCGCACACCUGUAAUCCCAGCUACUCAGGAGGCCGAGGCAGGAGAAUCGCUUGAACCCGGGAGGUGGAGGCUGCAGUGAGCCGAGAUUGCGCCCCUGCACUCCAGCCUGGGAAUGUAGUAAGAAAACAAAAACUGAUGACCAAGAGAAUGUGUCAGCCGAUGCACCGAGUCCAGCCCAGGAAAAUGGAGAGAAGGGAGAAUUCCACAAGUUGGCUGAUGCCAAGAUAUUUUUGAGCGACUGCCUGGCAUGUGACAGCUGUGUGACUGCAGAGGAAGGAGUCCAACUUUCCCAGCAAAAUGCCAAGGAUUUCUUCCGCGUUCUGAACCUUAACAAGAAAUGUGAUACCUCAAAGCACAAAGUGCUGGUAGUGUCUGUGUGUCCUCAAUCUUUGCCUUAUUUUGCUGCUAAAUUCAACCUCAGUGUAACUGAUGCAUCCAGAAGACUCUGUGGUUUCCUCAAAAGUCUUGGGGUGCACUAUGUAUUUGACACGACAAUAGCUGCAGAUUUUAGUAUCCUGGAGAGUCAAAAAGAAUUCGUGCGUCGCUAUCGCCAGCACAGUGAGGAGGAACGCACCCUGCCCAUGCUGACCUCUGCCUGUCCUGGCUGGGUCCGAUACGCCGAGCGGGUGCUGGGUCGCCCCAUCACUGCCCACCUCUGCACCGCCAAGUCCCCCCAGCAGGUCAUGGGCUCUUUGGUGAAGGAUUAUUUCGCCAGACAGCAGAACCUGUCUCCAGAGAAGAUUUUCCACGUCAUUGUGGCCCCUUGUUAUGACAAGAAGCUGGAGGCUCUUCAGGAAAGCCUUCCCCCUGCUUUGCAUGGCUCCCGGGGCGCUGACUGCGUGUUAACAUCAGGUGAAAUUGCUCAAAUAAUGGAGCAAGGUGACCUCUCAGUGAGAGAUGCUGCCGUCGACACUCUGUUUGGAGACUUGAAGGAGGACAAGGUGACGCGCCAUGAUGGAGCCAGCUCGGACGGGCACCUGGCACACAUCUUCAGACAUGCGGCCAAGGAGCUGUUCAACGAGGAUGUGGAGGAGGUCACUUACCGAGCCCUGAGAAACAAAGACUUCCAAGAGGUCACCCUUGAGAAGAACGGAGAGGUGGUGUUACGCUUUGCUGCAGCCUAUGGCUUUCGAAACAUCCAGAACAUGAUCCUGAAGCUUAAGAAGGGCAAGUUCCCAUUCCACUUUGUGGAGGUCCUCGCCUGUGCUGGAGGAUGCUUAAAUGGCAGAGGCCAAGCCCAGACUCCAGACGGACAUGCGGAUAAGGCCCUGCUGCGGCAGAUGGAAGGCAUUUACGCUGACAUCCCUGUGCGGCGUCCAGAGUCCAGUGCACACGUGCAGGAGCUGUACCAGGAGUGGCUGGAGGGGAUCAACUCCCCCAAGGCCCGAGAGGUGCUGCAUACCACGUACCAGAGCCAGGAGCGUGGCGCACACAGCCUGGACAUCAAGUGGUGAAGUGAGGCCAGGGCCUUCCAGCUGCUCUUGGGGCCAGAGCCAAGAGCCUCUCAGUAGAGGGAGGGGCUGCCCUGAGUGGAGUAUUAAAGACACUUAAGAAAACCGCUCAA